AUGAGAGGGGACCCACCUGUUAACCUUCAGUCGACAUACCCAUUCCAGAUCAUUGCCAUGGACCACAUACCUUCAUUGCCUAGAUCCUUCAACGGCAACACCGAAUUGUUGAUUUUUGUGGAUCUAUUCUCGGGAUAUGUGAUCGCCAAAGCCAGCGCCUCUAGAUUCGCUCAGACAAUCGCGGAGACCUACGAGGAAUGUGUCUUCCGCCGAUUUGGUGCGGGCGAGGUGAUCCGGCACGGUCGGGAGCCACGUUUUAUGUCCGACUUCUUUAAGUCUUUCAACAAAGUCUUGGAACAACAUCAACGGGCUACUAUGGCGUAUCGACCCAAGCUAAUGGAUCCGCAGAUCGUAUGA